GCCAUUUUGAGUUGAAGGAAGGGAAACGAUGCCAUCGCCAUCUGCAGUAGAACAUGUACGCAAACGCACGGCAAAGAGACCCACAAAGCACUCCAAGACAAGGCUCAUCAAUGAGGCUGUCGCCGCAGGAAACUUGGAGGCACUGCGAACACUGGCUGCAUCCAAGGGCGGAUUCGUCAAUCACAGUAUCCGCAGAAAAGUAUGGCCUCUGCUCCUUCAUAGCGCCAACAAACAGCGUGAAAUGUUCUCAGAAGGCGCAGAUGAGCAGCGAGAUGCCAGCCAAAUUGCAUUGGACGUGAACAGAUCUCUUGCCCACUUGUUGCAGCCUGAUACCGGGGAAACCCGCUUAGAGACGCUGCGAAAGGAACUUUCUAAUCUGCUCCUUACUGUAUUGAGCCGGCAUUCUUAUUUACAUUACUACCAAGGCUUUCACGAUGUUGCCAGUGUCCUCCUCCUUGUACUGAAACCGACAUUAGCCUCAGCUUGUUUGGAACCACUAGCGCUUUUCUAUUUGCGUGACUUUAUGGCGCCGUCCCUCCAGUCCUCCAUGAAUCAGAUCAGUCUUCUCUUCCCUCUCAUUGCCCUCGUGUCCCCAGCUACUCACGAAUGUCUGUCGAGCAUCGAAGGCUUUCUUCCCUACUUUUGUCUCUCGUGGGUCAUCACAUGGUACAGCCACGAUAUCGACGAUCUAUCCCGGAUUGCUCGCCUGUUUGACUUUCUAAUUGCCUCCAACCCCCUCAUGCCGGUAUACCUGGCUGCUGCGGUCGUACUGUCUCAAAAUGAGCAGCUUGUGGAGCUAGAAGCCGAGUACAGCACUGUGCAUCACUUUCUUUCAAAAUUCCCGUCAGAUGCAAACUUGGAGAUGCUCAUUAAACAAGCAUACAAUAUGUACAAGCUGCACCCACCAGAGGCGGUGCAGAAAUCCGCGAAAUUGCCGCUUGGAAGAGCGUCGGUAGUCAACAGGUUCAAAGUCGACUUUGAGCGACUACCAUUAACACAAGAAUACGAUGACCAGCUGCCCCAAAAACUGUUGAAUCAACAUGUCCGCGAAGUUGAAAAGCCAGGGGGUCAUUAUCAUCCGGACCGGUGGGUACUGGCAAAUGCCAGACACUUGGCAUGGAUCAGUGCAUUCGCGGCCACGUCUGUAAUAGCUUGGUAUGCAUACCAAACAGGUUAUACGUAGAAUACCCUUUGCGAAUACAUCUGCUUCCUGUAUAUUAUGUACAUAACUUGAAAAUACAGAUUGGGAACUUAAUUCUAAAA